UUAGAGGACAACUAUUUGAAAUCUGCUCGUCGCUGUGUUGUUUAGCUACGGAAAUAACUGUUUACGGAUUUUGUUGGGAAACUGUCCUCUGUUAGUCUGAAUUAUAUGCUCUUUUGCUUGUUCUUGGUCACUCUGUAUCCUCGUUGCUGCCCACGGUAAACAUGUCUGUGGAAGUUCGUGCUGUGCAGCUCCUAACCGCAGAGAACCGGCAGAAACCGGGGAAAGCCGCCGCAGCAGCGGGUCCGAGGAGAGCAGCUCUCGGAGAGAUUACCAACUUUAACGCAGCAGUGACUGUCACAAAGAGAACAGGACAGACAAAAGUGUCAGCCAAGCCAUCUUGUGUCCAAGUGGCUAAACCUGCCGAUGUAGCAGUUCGACCAGUCCAAGCAGCUACAGAGCCUCUUCCUUUGGUUUUGGAGGAAUCUGCAACUGAUGUGUCCAUGAAGGAGGAGACUGAGUUGUGCCUGGCUUUCUCUGAGGCACUGCUUGCGGUGCAGGACGUGGAUGAGGAGGAUGCAGACCAGCCACAGCUCUGUUCAGAAUAUGUGAAGGAUAUCUACAAGUAUCUGCACAACCUGGAGUUGCAGCAGACAGUACGAGCAAACUACAUGCAGGGCUACGAAAUCACUGAUGGCAUGCGAGCGCUUCUCAUCGACUGGCUGGUCCAGGUUCACUCCAGGUUCCAGCUGCUGCAGGAGACUCUGUACCUCACAGUUGCCAUUCUGGACCGCUUUCUUCAGGUCCAGCCAGUGUCUCGCAGGAAGCUGCAACUUGUCGGUGUGACUGCCAUGCUGGUGGCCUGCAAGUAUGAGGAGAUGUACGCCCCAGAGGUUGGCGACUUUGCCUACAUAACCGACAACGCCUUUACAAAAUCUCAGAUUCUCGAGAUGGAGCAGCAGAUUCUGAAGGGCCUGAAAUUUCAGCUGGGGCGUCCUCUCCCACUGCACUUUCUCAGACGGGCAUCUAAGGUGGCAAAUUCUGAUGGGGAGAGACACACGCUGGCCAAGUACCUGAUGGAGCUGACCCUGCUCGACUACAAUAUGGUGCACUACAGGCCCUCUGAGGUCGCUGCUGCUUCCCUCUGCCUCUCCCAGCUGCUGCUGGACGGCCUACCCUGGUCUCCCACACAGCAGCACUACUCUACCUAUGACGAGGCCCACCUGAAGCCCAUCAUGCAGCACAUUGCCAAAAAUGUUGUGCUGGUAAAUGAAGGGAAAACAAAGUUCCAGGCUGUGAGGAAAAAGUACUCGAGCAGCAAGCUUCUCAAGAUCAGCCUCAUUCCUCAGCUCAAAUCUUCAAUUGUCAAGAACAUGGCAGCAGCUGUACUCUGACUCAACUUUUUUCUUUUUAUGAUCUGAGAAUUUGAGCCAUUUGUAUUGGCUUUUUUCUAAUGCACCUUGAACUGCAUAUCCAAGAAAAAGCUGAGAAGUUGUUGUGCAGCUUCCAGAGGAUCUACAAACUGCUUCUAUGAAGUAAAAAGUUUUUCUAAUCUCUAACCUUUUUUUUCUUUUCUUCCCACCAGUGGAAGAUUUUAACUAUUGAAUGAUUAAACAUACCUGUUGGGCAGCAAACAGUUUUGCAUCUGCAUGUAAUGUACCUUGUUGGAGAUCGAAAUAAAGUUUUAGAUGGUUCUUAGACUUUAA